AUGUCCGCGGCGCAGUCUCCGCCGGCGGCGGUUUCUUACCCGGUCGAUGCCGGCGACAUUCAUGCUUCUUCGCUUGUCAGAACUUACCGCACCUGGAAGGGCAGUAAUGUAUUUUUACUUCAGGGAAGACUGAUAUUUGGACCUGAUGCUAAAUCUAUAUUUCUAACAGUAUUCCUUGUUGCUGCUCCUGUUGCUGUAUUCUGCACUUUCAUAGCCAGAAAACUGUUAGAUGAUUUUUCUUAUCACUUGGGAGUGUUGAUAAUGGUCAUAGUUAUUGUUCUCACAAUAUUUGUUCUGACUGUCCUUCUGCUGACAUCAGGAAGGGAUCCUGGCAUAAUACCUCGCAAUGCAUAUCCUCCUGAACCAGAUGAUUCUGAUUUUAGUGACAUGAUCAACAAUGGACAGUCUCCAAGGCGACGUUUGCCCAGGACAAAGGAUGUCAUUGUUAAUGGUAGACCUGUGAGGACCAAAUAUUGUGAUACCUGCCAGCUGUAUAGACCUCCCCGUUGCUCGCAUUGUUCAGUGUGUGAUAACUGUGUGGAGCGAUUUGAUCAUCAUUGCCCUUGGGUGGGUCAGUGUAUCGGAUUGCGAAAUUACCGGUUUUUCUACACGUUUGUCUUCUCUUCAACUCUUCUUUGCUUAUAUGUGCAUGGCUUUUGCUGGGUCUACAUCAAGAGGAUCAUGGAUUCAGAGGAGAAGUCAAUUUGGAGAGCGAUGAUCAAAACUCCUGCCUCCAUUGCACUAAUAAUCUACACUUUCAUUUGUAUAUGGUUUGUUGGCGGCCUCACAGUUUUCCAUACAUAUCUCAUCAGCACAAACCAGACUACGUAUGAGAAUUUUAGAUACCGGUAUGAUCGACAAGACAACCCAUAUAACAAAGGGAUGCUUGGGAACUUCAAGGAAGUAUUCUGCUCUAGCAUUCCUCCAUCCAAGAACAAGUUCAGGUCUAAGGUUCCCAAGGAGCCAUCAGCUCCGUCUAAAAGAAUGGGUCUUGGGUCUGUCAGCCCUAUAAUGAGAAAACCUUCAGGUCACUUGGACUCAGGAAGGCCGGAUUACAAUAAUGAGGCUGGUAAUGAAGAAAGUGAAUACAAAGAUGGCUCUAACAAAUAUGAAGGACUUGUCACUGAUAGUGAAUUAUCUGAUAGGUCCCAGGAUUUAGGCAGGAAUCUUCCUACGGAAGUGGGGAAAGGACAAGAUGCUUCAUAUGCUGAGCACUCAACAUGGGAAAGAAGAAGCAGAAGGUGGGACGUAAGUCCUGAAGUUGGGGGAUCAAAUGGGAUCACUGGUGGCGGAGGAGUGAUCUCAACAAGGGCGGCUAUAUAGAGUGAUACAAUUCCUUGAUGUAAAUUAAAAGAAUAAAAGAGCUAAAGGGCAAAAGGAAAAGAAAAGGUGAAUUAAAGAUAGAUUGGGUUGGGUUUGACAGGGAAGUAAUAUUUGUCUUUUGGUGAGAUCUGAAACGUGAAUGAAUCCUGCUUUAUUGAUAAUAUACAUGAUAGUUACUUUGUGAAUUUAAUGUGUGGUGAUCUCUUGAGUCGUUCAAAGUAGAAUGUGUGUACAUUAAAGGAAGAAAAGUAGAAUUUGCGGAAAGUGAUAGUUGGAAAGUUGUA